ACAUAGUAUAAAAACAUCUAGGGUUUUUGAGGUUGUUGUUUGUGUGUUGUGUUUGGAUCUAUCACCGCUCCCAAUAAUCAACUUCUUUCAGAAUCACCAUGACUGCCCAAACCCAAGAAGAGCUUCUGGCUGCUCAUCUCGAACAACAGAAGAUUCAUCAUGAUGAGCCUGUAGUUGAGGAUGACGAUGAUGAGGACGAUGAGGAUGACGAAGACGACGAUGAUGAGGACGAUGACAAUGCUGAAGGAUUUGAAGGUGAUGCAUCUGGUAGGUCCAAACAGACCAGAAGUGAAAAGAAGAGUCGCAAGGCAAUGCUUAAACUCGGAAUGAAAGCUGUUACUGGAGUCAGUCGUGUGACUAUCAAGAAGAGCAAGAAUAUCUUGUUCGUCAUCUCAAAACCAGAUGUUUUCAAGAGUCCAACUUCUGACACCUACAUUAUAUUUGGGGAAGCUAAGAUUGAAGACUUGAGUUCACAGCUGCAAACUCAGGCUGCAGAGCAGUUCAAGGCUCCUAAUUUGACCAAUGCUGGUGCGAAGCCAGAAUCCUCUGGUAUUGCUCCGGAAGAUGAGGAUGUAGACGAGACUGGUGUAGAUCCCAAGGAUAUUGAGUUGGUGGUGACUCAAGCUGGUGUGCCAAGAUCAAGAGCUGUUAAAGCUCUCAAAGCUGCCAAUGGAGACAUUGUUGCUGCCAUUAUGGAGCUAACAAAUUAAUGAUCAGAAUUGGUAGUACUUUAGAUUUUGGAAUGUGGAGCUAUUUUUCUUUGCUGGUCAUUUUUUUUUUUGCUCUUGUUCGGUUUGAAAUAGUGGUUUGCCAAUUACCUUUGUUUUGUUCUAUUUUCUGUGUAAUUGCACUUGCAAAAAGAAAAGAAACUAGACUUUUGUUUUAAAAGUUCAUCUUUAAUCCAAUGCCGAGAAUGACUGUUGAUCGUAGUUGAUCAUAAACUAGACCUUUGCUAUGUUCUA